UAAAGCAUACAGUCCAGUUGAAAUUUUUGGAAGACAGAUAAUUCCUUUGCUUUAGGACAAGGCUCUACCGAGAGACUGUCUGAUUUUCCAGACUGUAGUGUGUGUGGGGGGAUCGCUGGGUAUGGUGAAUUGGUGACGUUUAGAAAUCAGUAACCAACUAGUGUUUGAAGCAAUAAACAUGGUGUGGGAAGCAAUUUUGUGGGUCAUCUUCUUCCUCAUGACCAUGGGCCUCAUCGCAUUGAAUCUCUACCAGAUUGUGUGCUUAUCGGAUUUGGAGGCCGACUAUUUGAACCCAUACGAGUCAUCAGCUCGCAUUAAUGCUGUGAUUGUCCCUGAGUUUGUAUUGCAUGGCGUCUUCUGCGCUUUAUUCCUCCUCACGGGACAUUGGUUCAUGUUCCUUCUUACCCUUCCUAUUGCUUGCUACAAUACCAUCUUAUUUAUGAAGCGACAGCAUCUUAUUGAUGUCACUGAGGUCUUUAGGUUUCUUAGUGCAGAGAAAAAGUAUCGAAUUAUCAAGCUUGCCUUUUACUUACUUCUCUUCGUCUUGGUCAUUUUCAGAAUUCUAUCUACGGCGACAUUAUCUGCCAUGUUAUCGGUCUUCCAUUUCAAUACUACUGAAGAAUUAGACAUUCGCUCGUCCUUUCUUGAAUUCUAGAAGCUUAGCUUUCAUAUCUUGACCUGUAUGUUUUGUCCUUUUCCCUUCUCAUUUGACUAUACUUGAUCUCAUUGCUUAUCUAUAGCAACAAAAAAUCUAAUCACAUAGAUGUUAAGGAUAUUUGGGUCCACUAGAUUAUGAUGAAGCCUAUUGAGUCAUCUAACCUAUUUGUAAUAACUGAGCCGACACCAUUACUGGUGGUUGUAUUGUUGAAACAUGCCUGAAGCAUUUUAAUAUGUUUAUAAGGUGGCCGUACGCAACAUGUUCCCUAAAAAAUAUAGCUCACUGCCUAUGGAUUUUUUGUAAUUCACACAUAUUGCCUCUUAUUUGGAAGGAAUUAUUCUUAGUUGACAAGGACAUUCUCUUGGCCAUGGCUUCUAUCUACAUUAUGGUUCAUGAAUUUGAACCUGGAGUUUGGUUUGUACAAGAAAAGCCUAAAACUUAAAAGCUGCAAAGCCAAAAUGCUACCUCCUGAAAACUAAAUGAAACUUGGGUGAUUGCUCAUAUAUUAAGAGUAACCAUGAUUGAUGUUAGUUGCUUCCUUCAAUGAAUGAAUGAAGUCUGGUAAAUUAUUUGAUGAACCUUGUUGUAGCCUGAACUUCAUAGGAGUUACUUAAAGCAUGUGAUGGGCAAAACAAAGAGAAAGUACAAAGAUAGAAGAGAUGAAAGAAAGAUAAGAUUGUGUUGGGGGAAGUUGUUUUAGAAUUACAAAAAUGCUUUUUGUGGUGGGAAGGAAAAUUUGGUAUGCAGUUUUUUAGUGGCUAAUGAGAGUAUUGAUUUGAGAUUGAAAAGUGGGAUCUCCAUGGUUGGUGUGCAAAUUGGACAGAGAAGGUUUAUGGUCAUGUAAAUUGACACUUUCUUUAUGUGAUGAAGAGGAUGCGGUUUGGUGCUAGAUGGAGAAAGUGGAUUUGUUUCUGCAUUUCACGUUGAUGUUGUUAGUGUUGGUUCUCUUGCAGGUUUCUUUCAUACUUAUAGAGGUUUGAUGUAAGAUGGGCGUCAGUCUCUUCUAUUGUUUAUUUAAUGGCGUUAAGUCGUAUAUUUGGUAGGGCAGUGGGGGUUAGGAUGUGGAGGGUGGAUGAUUUAGUGUUUGUGAUAUCUCAUUAUUGUUUGGAAAUGAUUCUAUUGUAUUUUGUGAGGCAGAUGCAACUCAGUUGGGUUAUGUGAGAUGUGUGCUUUUGUGCUUUGAGGCGGCCUGGGUAACUAGAGGAAAUUAUAGAUCCUUUCAGUGGGAGAGGUGCAUAAUAUUGUGCCAUUUACUGUGAGUGAGCUAUAAAAAUCUAGAUAAUGGAUAAGGUUACAGCAGGUUGUGAGAAUACAGCUCUUACAGGCUCCCUCUUGCCAAACCCAUGCUCGAUUAUCCAAAAAGCUCUCUUGACUGCCCAUGAUCAUCUAGCCCUUUUAUUUUUGAGGCCCACAUGUCUUUAGAUCCAUUAAUUCAUAUAGCUCACAAUUGGGUCCGUUACCUGUAAGAGAAUUCACUAAUGCCACACAUAAGCUCGUAGUGAUGAUGGACUGGUGGCCCAAUUCUCAAGAGGCCCCACUUGGUUUUAGGGUCCAUGAACCCAUAUCCUCAAUUUGACUCAUUGGACAAGGCCUAGCUCGUCAUUGCAGAAGAAUUUGGCAUGAGGCUAAGGUACAAGAUGAGAAGGGCUUAGGCACUCAACCUGCUUGACUGCUGGGUCAAUCUCAGUGCAUCACUUAGUUGGUUCUAUUAAGCCCAUUAAACCCAUUAUACAUGAAUCAAAACUAAUAAAUAAAGUUCCAAAGAAUUGAUGACAGGGAUUAGAUAGCCUGCAAUUCCAAGUGUGGACAGAGCUAUCCUUGAUUGGUAUAUGUUAUUCCAGGUGGGAAUUUGUAUCAACU